AAUGUAACUCAGUUACUACAUCUUCUUUUGCUUCCUAUAAAUAGAUGUGAAUUUAGAAGAGAAAUAAGAGAAAGUUAAAAAACAAAGGAAAAAAAAAGAUCCCGACGCACAAACUGCAAACCCUCGACAACUAAGGGAAAAUGGUGGGUGAUGUUGAAUGGACGUUGACAACUACUUGUGCUGUGGUUUUUCCUCUUGUAAUGUUGUUGUUGAUGAAAAUUUGGAAGAAAUCCGAAAAUGUUGGCGUUGAUCUACCACCAGGCCCUAAAAAACUCCCAAUAAUCGGAUACUUGCACCUCCUUUCAAGUGGUUUGGAUUUUCGUGGUUUUCGAGAUCUAUCCCAACAGUAUGGCCCAAUAAUGCAUUUGAAGCUGGGCAGCAGGGACACCAUCGUCGUCUCCUCGCCUGAAAUUGCCAAAGAAAUACUCAAAGAUAACGAUCCUGUUUUCGCCGAAAGGCCCCAAAACAUGCUAUUCUGGCACAACAACUCCGACAUCCUUUUUUCCCCAUACGGUGAGUAUUGGAGGCAGAUGCGCAAGAUAUGCACCCUCGAACUCCUCAGCAUUAAAAACGUGCGUUCCUUCAGCUCCAUCAGGAACGAUGAGGUUUCUCAUCUUCUUGAUUCUAUCCGUGUCUCUGCCGGAGAGCCCGUGAAUCUAACUGAGAAGAUCAUCUCAUUUAUGAGCUCCAUCAUUUGUAGAACUGCGUUUGGGAAGGUGAGCAAGGAUAAGGAUUCAGUGCCCAGGUUAGUGAAAGAAGCCAUGGGCAUGAGCGCCACCUCUUCAGUUUCAGAUAUUUUCCCAUCUUCCAGGAUAGCUCAAGCGCUGAGUUGGGGGACUAAGCUGAGAUUUAUGAGGAUGUGUCGCCAGCUUGAUGUGAUUCUUGAUGGCAUCAUCGACGACCACGAAACAAAUCGGAAGGAUUCUAGGAGAGGUAAUGGAGAGUUUGGCAACAAAGAUUUGGUAGAUGUUUUGCUCGGGAUUAAGGAAGACGGAGGGUUGAAAAUCCCAAUCAACUCUGUCGACAUCAAAGGCGUAAUAUUAGACAUGUUCCACGCUGGAACUGAUACAUCAUCGUCAACCGUGCAUUGGGCAAUGACAGAACUAUUAAGGCAUCCACAAGUGAUGGCCAAAGCACAAGCUGAAAUAAGAAAACUUGUGAAGGAAAAAGGCAACACUAAUAGCAUGGAAGAAGAGGAUAUUCAGCAACUAAACUACUUAAGGCUUGUGAUCAUGGAGACUCUAAGGCUGCAUCCUCCAUGUACCUUCAUCCCCCGAUUCUCGAGGGAGAAGUGUAAAAUAGGAGGAUACACCAUACCUGCGAAAACCAAUGUGAUUGUGAACGCGUGGGCGAUGCAUAGAGAUCCUAAGUAUUGGACUGAUUCCGAAAGCUUCAAACCUGAACGAUUUGCAAAUGAGGCAUCCUUGGAUACCACAGGAAGUGAUUCUCGAUAUCUACCAUUUGGGAGUGGGAAAAGAAUUUGUGCAGGAAUGACAUUUGGGUGGGUUGGUGUUUCGCUCAUUUUAGCUCAUCUUCUUCAUCACUUCGACUGGAAACUCCCUCAUGGUGUCCAUGCCCAAGAUUUGAACAUUCCUCAGACCUCUGUGGUUGCAGGGCCAGAAAAGGAUUUGGUCGUCGUUGCAACUCCCCAUCAAUCGUUGCCGAAUGAAUAAAUUUUUAAACACCAUAGAUUCAAAACCGAGGCUUCUGGCCCCAAACUUUGAUUUCUAUAGUAAAUAAAUUUUAGUA